AUGCCUAAGAACAAGGGAAAGGGCGGUAAGAACCGUCGUCGCGGAAAGAACGAGAACGACAACGAGAAGCGUGAGCUCGUCUUCAAGGAGGAGGGCCAAGAGUACGCCCAGGUCGUGAAGAUGCUCGGCAACGGUCGCUUGGAGGCACUUUGCUUUGAUGGCGAGAAGCGUCUGGCCCACAUUCGUGGCAAGCUCCGCAAGAAGGUCUGGAUCAACCAGGGUGACAUUAUUCUCCUCUCGCUCCGUGACUACCAGGACGAGAAGGGUGAUGUUAUCAUGAAGUACACCGCCGACGAGGCCCGUUCUCUGAAGGCUUACGGCGAGCUGCCCGAGCACGCCAAGAUCAACGAGACCGAUACCUACGGUGGAGAAGGCUUGGACGACAACGUCGAGUUCGACGAGGACCGCGAGAGCGAGGACGAGAAGGAGAUCGAUGUCGACGAGCUCUAA